AUGGACCCUAGUAAUGCUGAGAACAAAGAUGUCGCCCAGCUUCGUCAAGCCUGCGCCUCGCUGGCCAAAGACUUGGAGAGCCCCACCGACAGGCUCUUAAACCAGGCUUUCCAGAUCCAAGACUUGAUUAUUGCCAGAAUGGGCAUCCAAUUGCGAGUUUUUGACCAACCUCAAUCUAUCUUUGGGCCUAGCGAGGUCGUCGGUUGGAGCGGCUGCGAUUAUGCGUUGGCCUCACGCACACUGAGGGCAUUGGCUAGCCUGGGCCUUCUCCACGCCACCGAAGAGGGAAUGUACAAAUUAAACCAAUACAGCAAGUCUCUCGCGGACGGUGGGAUGGUUCGUGAUGGUAUUCUAUUGACAGUGGAUCUGGCACUCAAAAUGUCGGCAAAUACUAUCGCGUUCUUCGAAAACGGCGGGUAUAAUAACCCAGCAAAUUUCAAUUGUGGCGUUUUCCAGCACACGUUUGGGACGUCACUGUCCUUUUUCGACUGGCUCCAGUCCCAGCCUCAGCUGCAGGGAGCAUUUAACCGUUUCAUGGAGGCUACUGCGGGCGAAGGCACUCCCGCGGAGUGGGCUAUGUGGUUUCCAAUUGAGACAAAGUUCCAGGAACUCUAUGAGAGAUCUCAGAAAGACAUAAAGGCUUUGACGUUCGUCGACGUGGGAGGAGGUCAUGGUCACGAGGCUAAGGCAGUAAUGAGUCGAUUUUCUCACCUCCCCUGUCAAUUCAUUGUCCAAGAUGGCCCAAAUUAUGUGAACAGCCAUGACGCUGACUGGGAAGCCGGAGCAAAACGUCUCAUGAAACGCAUGGAGCAUAGCUUUUUCGAUAAACAGCCGGUCGAGAACGCCCAUGUUUACUUUUUGGGCAAGGUACUGCACAAUUGGCCUGAUGAUAAAGCUCUUCAGAUCCUGCACAAUAUCCGUAUAGCCAUGGGUCCAGAUUCUCUUCUGCUCAUCUACGACUGGGUUCUCUCCGAUAACCCUCUCGAUCUGUCACCGGAACAGGCUCGCGAUGACUGGGCUAUGAUGACUCUCUUUUCCGCCCCAGAGCGAUCCGAGUCAGGAUGGCAAGCACUGUUGCAUUCGGCCGACUUGCAGCUGGUAAAACUUUGGGCAUCACCUGUUAACAAUGGUGGCCGUCGGGCGUCACUGCUUGAAGUUGUUGUCAAAACCUGA